AGGGAGGGGAGGAUCCAAUCCGGUUUCAGCUAGUUUUUCUUCCAGUGGAACUCAAACGUCUCGCUGCGCCGUAUCCUGUAGUGGCACAGCGUUACCCAGUAGUUUCAGCUGGAUUAGUGAGAUAACACGGAUCUGUUGUUUUUUAUUUUUAUUUGAAAAGUCCCCACAAAGCAAUGCCUAAAAGGAGCAAAGCAGCUGCAGGAGGAGAGUCUGCGCCCAAGAGGAGAUCUCUUAGGUUGAAGGAUAAACCUGAACCCACAAAGGCAGAGCCCAAACCCAAACCAAAGAAGGGAUCCGCCAAGGCCAAGAAAGCCAAGGAGGUGGAGAAGGCCAAGCCUGAGGAGAAGGCUGCGGAGAAUCCAGCUGAGAACGGUGAAGCCAAAGCUGAUGAAGAGGCACCGGCCACGAACGACGUUGAUAAAACGGACGAGGCAGCAGAAUAGCAGCGCUCCCUUCCGUUUUGCUCCCUGGACCUCUUUUCUUGUACAAUUCAGGGGAAUAUUUUUAUCAAGUAUUUUCUAACGACAGGAUUUGUAGUGGGCCGAAUGUAGAGAAGACUUUUUCUUUUGUAAAAACGGUCCGUUUGGGUAUGGGAAUCAUCCGAUCAUCUGUGAGGGUUUUUAAAGUGGAGUAAUAAUGGGGAGGAGGGGUGGGCCACAUUCCAUUUUCUUUGUGAGGGACGGCGUUAGGCUAGCAGCUCGUGCUUUUAUUGUUGAUAUUGAGCCGUGUUCUAGAACGUUGGUGAGCUUUUCCUAUUUGUAACUCGUAUUCGUGCGUUCUCCUCCUGAAGCCGAUCGUUCCGGUACCGGACAGGUCAGAACCGUGUCUGUCGUUCCACAUGUGUGAUCUGCUGUGCAAGGCGUGUCCUGUCCUGGUCCAGCCAGAGGCGUGUUUAACCGCGUGAGCGGCUGGUGGGCUGAUGCGUACCAGCAGUAGCCAUAUUUAUGUGGGCUGUACCACCUGUUCAUUUGUUUGGUUGUAUUUGUGUAAUGAUUGUUAAUAAACCAAUAAAACCCA